AUGGAGCUUGCCCAUUUUUCUAUCGCCACAAACUACGUCGUUUCACCCACACCACCACCGGUACCUGCAGCCGGAAGUUUCUCUCCUCUUCCAGUUUUUCCGGUCAUUCCAAGAACUUCCGGCCCUUUGUUGGCUUCGAAACCCACAGGCCUUCUUUUCAGAUCGGAGAAAGUUAGAUCACGAAAUUCCUUUCGUGCUGCUAGUUCUAGUAAUACAGCAGCUUCAACAACUGAAUUGGCUCGAGAACAUAAGGAUGGAUCGAUUGAGGAAAACGACGAGAUGUUAGAUGAUCAUAGAAUGGUACGAAUUUGCGAUAAACUAAUCGAGGUUUUCUUGUUCGACAAACCCACACCAACUGAUUGGAGAAGGUUAUUGACUUAUAGCAAGGAAUGGGACAAUAUUCGGCCCCACUUCUAUAAGAGAUGUCAGGAGAAAGCAGAUAGUGAGAACGAUCCUGGAAUGAAGCAUAAUUUGCUUCGGCUUUCAAGAAAGCUGAAAGAGAUUGACAUAGACAUACAAGGGAACAACGAGCUCCUUGAUGUAAUCAGAAAGUCUCCAUCCGAGAUGGGUGAAAUUGUAGCCAGGCGUCGAAAGGACUUCACCAAAGAAUUUUUCAUUCAUCUUCAUACUGUGGCAGAAUCAUAUUAUGAUAAUCCAACAGAACAAAAUGAGGUUUCAAAGCUUGGGAAUACGUGCUUAGCUGCUGUAGAGGCAUAUGAUAAUGCAACUGAAAGUACGGAAGCAUUAGAAGCUGCAGAAUUGAAAUUCCAAGACAUAAUUAAUUCUCCUUCGGUAGAUGCUGCUUGCCGGAAGAUUGACAGUUUGGCCCAAAAAAAUCAGCUCGAUUCAGCUCUGGUUCUCAUGAUUACAAAAGCUUGGGCCGCUGCUAAGGAGACAAACUUGACGAAAGAUGAGGCGAGAGAUGUGGGGUAUUAUCUAUAUAAAACAUCAAUGCAUCAUCUCCAGAAGCGCGUGCCGAAAGAAAUCAGGAUAGUCAAGUAUUUGCUCAAGAUUGAAGACCCUGAAGAGCGGAUGAGUGCUUUAAAUGACGCUUUUGCCCCUGGAGAAGAACGGGAACAUGAAGAAACGGAUGUUAAAGGCCUCCACACGACCCCUGAGAAGCUGCACGCCAAGAUUAAGAGCGUGGUUGAUGCGUAUUAUUUCAGCCAAGAGGGCACUCUCGAAAAGGAAGCUCGGGAUUUAGUGAGACCCGUAAUCAUCCAAAAAAUGGAGGAACUGAAAAAGAUAAUCCAGGAUAACUUCAUAAACAGAGAAACGCCAAUUCUCAGAUCACCAUUGUUGGCUCCAAGGAUACUUCAAAAUGAACUCAUUAAGCAGGACUGGAGAUCUCAGAAAAAGAUCCAGGUACAACCGGACAACUAUGAUAUAGUGAGGGACGUACUAUUCGAGGGGAAGUAUCAGUGGAAGUCAUCCGCCGUUGGUAAUACUGGUAUAUGGACUGCUCUGGAGGUUCACAUCUGCAGGGAUAAGCUUGAGCUAAAAUGUUGUCCAAGGGGAGAAUUGUCCGAUGAAGAAGACCAUGAGAAGUACUGGUUGACUUUUCACGGAAGGGUCUAG